GAACGAGGAAGGUCGGUGAUUGGUGGAGUUCCACUGGCUCUUUUGAUUGGCACCCGGGGCCGGAGACGUGAGGCGGGCGUUACUCGCGUCUCACGGAGAUCCUGGGAAAGCGAAAUGGAGGGGUGUGUGUCUAACCUAUUGGUCUGCAACCUGGCCUACAGCGGGAAGCUGGAGGAGUUGAAGGAGAGGAUCCUGGCAGAUAAAUCCCUGGCUACUAGAACUGAUCAGGACAGCAGAACUGCAUUGCAUUGGGCAUGCUCAGCCGGACAUACAGAAAUUGUUGAAUUUUUGUUGCAACUUGGAGUGCCAGUGAAUGAUAAAGACGAUGCAGGUUGGUCUCCUCUUCAUAUUGCUGCUUCUGCUGGCCGGGAUGAGAUUGUAAAAGCCCUUCUGGGAAAAGGUGCUCAAGUGAAUGCUGUCAAUCAAAACGGCUGUACUCCCCUGCAUUAUGCCGCUUCCAAAAAUAGGCAUGAGAUUGCUGUCAUGUUACUAGAAGGUGGGGCUAAUCCGGAUGCUAAGGACCAUUAUGAGGCUACAGCAAUGCACCGGGCAGCAGCCAAGGGUAACUUGAAGAUGAUUCAUAUCCUUCUGUACUACAAAGCAUCCACAAACAUCCAAGACACUGAGGGUAACACUCCUCUACACUUAGCCUGUGAUGAAGAGAGAGUGGAAGAAGCAAAACUGUUGGUGUCCCAAGGAGCAAGUAUUUACAUUGAGAAUAAAGAAGAAAAGACACCUCUGCAAGUGGCCAAAGGCGGCCUGGGUUUAAUACUCAAGAGAAUGGUGGAAGGUUAAGCAGCUUGGCUAUGUUCUUACUUUGUAUGUUUUGUUGUUGUCUCCAGUGUCCUGGAAACUAAUAUACUUGUACACAAGACAUCAUCUAUCAAUAAUGCAGUUUUCUCACCUUUAAGGUCUUAUAAACAUGUUGACCAUUGUUCUUGUUGAGAUAGUCAUUCUAAGCUUACAUCUUGCUUUCCAGGCAUUGAAUAACUGUUGCGAUUGUUCUGUUGUUGUCGUGUACUAUUCUAUAUUGAAUUUUGGUUAAUUUUGAGUAAGUGAUUCUGUGGAUGUUGAGAGUCUUCAGUACUUUCCCAUGCACCUUUUAUUCCCAUUUGAGGCAGGAGAGCCCUGAUAGCAACAGGCCAGUUGUUCUGCCAAAUGGUUCUAGGUGAAUUUUAGAAUGUUCCUCCAUGCAGUUGAAACACAUCGUAACUUGUUUUUCAAGUACACUCAGGCCUAUGCCAAAUAUUUGUUUUUUUCAACCACGAGAUUUAAUUUAUUUUUGUGAUAGGAGGAAUACGUAUAUAUUUCAGUGGACCAAAUUUUAAGAUGGAGGGCAUGCUCUAAGAUCAUGACAAACAGUAGCCCAUGUAUGUAAGUAUUUUUCUGAUGAGUUGUUUCUCUCCAAAGUAAAAUGUAUGGUUUUUAAAAAGGAAGUUUUAAAGCACCUAUAUUGAGUUAUCCUGUAUUGAAAAGACUGUCAGACUUGUCAAAAUAACAUGUAACAAAAAUGUAUUUUGAUUUGUAUUUCAGAAAUUAAAAAAUAAAAUGUUGAAAGAA